AUGCGAUCUGAAAAUGGUACAAACUUUGUGGUUGCAGAGCGUGAACUGUGUCAGGCAGUACAGGAGUGGAACUAUAACCAGAUAAGUGACGCUAUGCUGACCAAAAACAUAGACUGGAAAUUCAAUCCACCUGCAGGCUCGCAUCAUGGAGGCGCGUGGGAACGUUUGAUACGAUCAGAACGUCAGAAAGGGCAUGAGAGAAGAAGAAACUUGCAAGUUGGAGACGUUGUGCUUAUCGUUGACAGCACGGCACCCAGAAAUUCAUGGCCAAUGGGGAUACUAGAUGAAACUUUGCCCGAACGCUCGGAGUCUGCUGUUGAUAAGAACAACAUAGAUCUUUCUGACGAUGGUGAUGUCGAGAUGGUGGCGACAGAAGAUGACACUGCAAGUUUCACCCAAGUGGUUGGUGUGGUUGAUGGCACACACAUCCGUAUUCAAGCGCCUAGCACAAACGAAGACGAUUAUGUGAACAGAAAGGGGUUUCACUCUCUUAAUGUACAGAUGAUUUGUGAUGCCACCUUUCGGUUUGUUGACGUAGUCGCAAAAUGGCCUGGGAGCGUUCACGAUUCAAAGAUCUUUCGGGAAAGCGCCAUACGUCAGCGCUUUGAAAAAGGUAUAAUGACAGGUCUUCUGCUUGGUGACUCUGGCUAUGGAUGCAAGAGGUAUCUUAUGACACCACAUCAAAACACCGACAGUCCUUGUAAGGAACGGUUUAAUAUAUCCUUAUGUCGAACAAGAGUUGUGAUCGAGCAAGCUUUUGGGGUUCUCAAGCGUAGGUUUCCAUGUCUACAUUAUGGACUUAGAGUACAACCUGACAGAGCAGCCAAAAUAACAGUCGCGUGUGUCAUUCUUCAUAACAUUGGAUUAGAGAGGCAAGACAUGUUUUCACGAACCUGUGAGGAUGACACGGAUCAGCCACAUGUCGUAUAUGAAGGAGAUGGGUCUGGAAACAGUUACAAAGACCACAUCGCAGAAUAUUUCUUUUAA